CAUUUACUUCCUCCCUUUACAUCUAUAUAAUCUGUUUUAGCAUGUGUUUUAUUCCUCGUUGCAUUUUCUUAUCCGCAGGAAAAUGACAUCUUUUAAAGAAUUUUUAGAAUUAUUCAGAAUAUUUAGUUAAAUAUUUCUGAUUUUAGUAACAAACUGCCUAAUGAGAAUGACGAAUUUCUUCAAUUUUGCAAUACUUAUUAUCUGUUUUCAAGUUUCUGUUUCACAAAUAGAUGUUGGAAAUAUUGAUUGUAAGAAAGACCUUCAUUCAUUCAAGGAUUGGUGCAAAAAUAGAGGUUGCAGAGGGCGUUGCACAAGCACCUGUAUAGACGAUGAAAAGAGAAUUUGGGGAACGGAAACAUAUACUUAUGUUUCUCCAAUCUGCAGAUCGGCACUUCACGAUUUACGCAUUUCGUCUUGGAAUAAUUCACUUCGCACUGUCGAAUUUCGGUAUUUAUAUGAUGUAAAAGUAUACAUUGGAUCUCUGAGACAGAAUAUUGAAACAUUUGAUUAUGGAAGUAUUAUUCAUGCUUCAGAUGGUUGCUUUGUUUUUAAAAGUUCAAGGAUAACAGAAGAAAUAUUAGACAUUAUUUCACUUCAUCAUAAUUAUUUCGUGAAUAAUGGUGACACACAUACAUUGGAAUGCCGAAUAUCUUCAAACGAUUCUGGGAGGAAAAUAUAUUUUAGUAAAUUCCGAGACAGCAAAGAGUUUGAAGAAUCUGCAAAACGCAGAGGAUCGUAUAUAUCUUAUAAUCAUUCCUGGACUGAAACGGGUGGCUUUUGGUGUAAACCUGAACGAAGUAUGCUUUCGGGUGUACUUUCGCACGCGAUGAGAAAAUAUCCUCAAUUUCUUCCAACUUCGUUUACGAUAACAAAGAGUAUCAAUGAUAAAACAGAAAUAAAAAUGAAUUCAAGCAUACGUUCUAGAAAUUGGAGAAAGAACGAAAAGGAGUUUUCUGGAUAUUUGAAUAGAUUUUUUGGUAGAGAUAAGGCCGAUUUGUAUUUAAAAUUCAAUUCCUUGCAAAUUGGAGACGGAGGAAUUUAUAGUCUGGAUAAUUACUAUUUUGAAAAUCCGGGAAUUACAAGACUAAUAGUUCGAGGUAAGUUUAAAGAUUCUUAAUACAGUAUAACCAUUUAUUUUUUCAUUUUGUCAUUUUUUCCGUCCUGUGAACAACGAAAAUGUUGGUUUUUGGUUUGGAUUGAUGGAAUACGGCAACGCAGUACACGAGUAAUCUACCAAGGAGAGGUGUCUCUAGAGAGACAAAGGACUUUCUAUGAAAAAUCAGACCACUAUUUACGUUUUAGACACGUCAAGAAAACCCAGAAAACUUACGAUCUCUUUGUU